GUGGUGGUGGGAGUGGUGGUGGUGCUGGAGUUGGAGGUAGUGUCAAUGGUGAUAGUGGUGGAACACAUAAGAGUGAUGACUCAGCGUCUGAAGAUCCACACACAUGCAUAUUCUAUUGUUCGAAGAACAAGAUAACGGAGCAUUCCACAGGGAUUAGCAUGGAUGUUUCUGAAGAUGUACCUGAAACAACCACAAAUGCAUCUGGUUAUACAGAAUAUGAAUACACCUUGCCCAUCAUUGGUGGUGACAGAGGUGGUGGUGACAGUGGUGUUGGUGGUGGUGACAAUAGUGACACUGGUGGAGCACCACCAAAGUUGGAAUCAGAUAAGAGCGAUGACUCAGCAUAUGAAGAUCCACACAUAUGCAUAUUCUAUUGGUCGAAGAACAAGGUAAUGGACCAUUCUACAGGGAUAAACAUGAAUGUUUAUGAAGAUGUACCUAAAACCACCACAGCUGGAUCUAGUGAUCCAAAGUAUGAUUACACAUUGCCUAUCAUUGAUGCUGACAGUGAAAUCGGUGGUAGUGGUGGCGGUGGUGUUGGUAAUGGUGAAAUAGGUGAUAAUAGUGGCAGUGGUCGACCACUACUUAAGUUGGAAUCACAUAAGAGCGAUGACUCAGCGUAUGAAGAUCCACAAACAUGCAUGUCAGUAGACUCAGAAUAUGCUGAUCUACAGAAAUUAUGUUGUUCGAAGUACAAGAUAAUGGAGCAUUCCACAGAGAGAAACAUGAAUGUUUCUGAUGAUGUACCUAAAACAUCCACUAAUGCAUCUGGUUGUACAGAAUAUGAAUACACCUUGCCCAUCGUUGGUGGUGAUAGAAGUGGUGGUGGUGACAGUGGAAAUGGUGGUGGUGACAAUGGUGAUAUUGGUAGAGCACUACCUAAGUUGGAAUCACAUAAGACUGGUGACUCAGUGUAUGAAGAUCCACACACAUGCACGUCAGUAGAGACAAAAUAUGCUGAUUUUCAGAAAUUCUAUUGUUCGAACAAGUUAAUAGAGCUUUCCCCAAGGAUAAGCAUGGAUGUUUAUGAUGAUGCACGUAAAACAACCACAACCGCAUUUAGUGAUACAGAGUAUGAGUACACAUUGCCUAUCAUUAUUGGUGACAGUGGUGGUGGUUGUAGUGGUGGUGGAAUUGGUGGCGAUAAUAGUGACAGUGGUGAAGCACUACCUAAGUUGGAAUCACAUAAGAGCGUUGACUCAGCGUAUGAAGAUCCACAAACAUGCAUGUCAGUAGAAUCAGAAUAUGCUGAUCUUUGCAAGUAAUUUGCAUUUGUUUAUGUCAAUUAUGUUAUGGAGACUUAAACCAUGUGUUUUCUGUUCAAAUAUAAAUUUGAAAAACUAAAUUAAAUAUUCCAAUUGCUUACAUUGUUUAUUUAAGGAACUUUUAAUUUCAGUAGCUUUCAAUUGAAAAUUAGGAUGAGAAAAGUGUCCUUGUAAAUGAAUGGGUAAAAAUAAUACAGUACCUCCUGUAUUCGUUUGUAUAUCGGAGUGUACAGUAAGAGACACGUUGUUCGACAUCCCUUUCGGACAUCUCUGGAUCCGCUGCUGGUCAUUUCCUUAAAUUAUGCAGACUGAAACGAUGUUUAGUUUAAACAUUUACUGUGUUCUAUGAUUAAAUUCAAUAUUUUAGUUGCCUGUAUUUAAUAAUAGUAAUACAGAUCAUGAAUUUGACGGUCUUUAAGUAUGCAAUAUGCUAAUUUCCAUUAAGUAUAAAGAAUGCCAACAUCACAAUCUCUCUUUUAUCUAUAAUCUUUGUGGACUCUAGUUUCUUAUUGAUUUUCAUGUAAGAUCAAACUGUACAAAUAUUCCAAACGAGCUUGAAUCAGGGCCACAGAAAGUUUCAACAAACCAGUCACAGACGGAAUAAAAUUCACUGUACCAUAAGUGCCAAUA